AUGCAAAUAAAUCCAUCAUCUAAUUUACCAGAAAAAUCGCCCGUGCUCAGUUCAUCUCAACUUGCUAACGAGAUGGAUGAACUCAAGAGUAUGAUCAAAUCGAAAGAAUUUGUCUCGACAAUCGUCACAUCUACUCUAUCUCAAGAUACAUUAAUUAGUUCAAAUGUUAAUAACAUCAUCGACGGUGAUCCAUUCCAAAAAAUAAUUAAUGAUAUUGUUGAACAGAAAAUUGCAUCUUUCGAAGAACGUAUUCAACAACUUGAAAAUACCAUCUCAGUAUUACGAGAAAGUCGUGAUCUUUUGAAAUGCAAAUUUAACGAUCUCGAACAAUGCAAUCGUCAUUGUUGGUUUCGUUAG